AUGAAAAAAUUAAAACCUAUUCAAACUAUAAACGAGAAAACAGAGACAGUAGUUGAUUUAACUACGAUUAGUGAUGAAGAGAAUCAAAUAACAGAAAAUAAUAUGGUCACCCCAAGAGCAGUAAAAACUGUAGAAACAUUUACGACGCCUGGUAGUUACUGUUCACCUAUAGAUAAAACACAAUUUAAAAAUGAUACUUACCCUAACAGACUAAAAAAAGAUGUCAAUUUUUAUAGAAAAAUGGUCAGAAACAAUGACACCAAAGACGAAAAAAGUUACGUAGUAGGCAUUUAUAAACACGUAAAAAACACUACAGAAUACACAGAUAUAUUAUUUUCAGAUUUUGAUACACUAUCCGAUUAUCGGUCGGAUGAUCUUAACAAAAUGUGGCUAAAUAAUUUUGUGAUAUCUAUUAUAUUGGCUAGUUAUUCUGUGAAAUAUAGCCAAAAGUCAAAUACCCAAAUAUUCAGAGCAAAUUUGGUUGAUUCUAUAAUUGAAAACCAAAAUUAUAAAGGUAAAGUUUCUAUAAAAGAAAAUAGUUUUCUCAUUAUACCUUGGAAUGUAGGAGAAACACAUUGGAUAAUAGCAUUUGUAGAUUUUUGUAAAAAAGAAUGUUACAUAUUGGAUCCAAUGGGACAUCCGACCGAUGAGCGUUUCAAGAAGUUGAUUAGGGGACUUAAACUGUUCUGUUCGUAUGGCGAAAAUAAAUGGUUUCCAAAAUUGAAUUUAAGUACCCAUAAAUUACAAAAUGUUCCGCUACAAAAAGAUUGGUACAACUGUGGAGUGUACAUACUAUAUUAUGCCAUAACAUUGAUGAAAGGAGAAUGUUUUAAUAAGCUUUUCGAACCUAUGGAAUAUAGGCAGUAUCUCAAGACAUAUUUGUUGGAAAAUUCUGAUUUCAUGAGAGACAUCUGCUUAUAUUGUGGCCGGACUGGUAAGAGUCAUAGAAUAGUUUGUGGUAAAAAAGGUGUUGAAUGGGUUGAGUGCACGGACUGCAACCGUUGGAUGGUGAUUGACUGUAUUCCUGAUGAGGAUAAAUUAGACACAACAGCACACUAUGAACAGAGUGAUUUUAAAUGUCUUUUGUGCCAGGAAAAACAUUAA